AAUACACUCCUUUUGCACACACUCCCAUCGUCUUCUUACUCUCUCUCAAAAGGAAUUUCAGAAUCCUCUGUUUUCGCUCUCAAGCUCCAAUAAUGGAGGUUCAUUCUCAGACCCUUUCUUCUUCCUUGAAACAUUCUUCAUUUCCACACCCUCUCAACUCCCACGCCGUAUUCCCUCCUUCUGACCAUCAACAACCCUCUUCCUCCGCCGACUCUCCGCUCCCUGACGCCGUCUGCAUGCCCUUCUCCUCUGCCGCUGACCCCUCAAAUGGGGUUGCGAAACUGACCCAGAUGAUCAAAGAAGGCGGGGAUGAGGUGAACUUGGCACGGCAGCGCUCGGCUGUGAAGCUGCAGAAAGUGUACAGGAGCUACAGGACUCGCCGGCUGUUGGCGGACUCUGCCGUCGUCGCUGAAGAGCUCUGGUGGUUUGCGAUUGAUUAUGCUAGAUUGAAUCAUAGUACGAUUUCGUUCUUUAAUUUCUUGAAACCUGAAACGGCUGCUUCUCGGUGGAAUCGUGUUGCUUUGAAUGCUUCAAAGGUGGGAAAGGGGCUGUCGAAGGAUGCUAAAGCUCAGAAACUGGCUUUUCAGCAUUGGAUCGAAGCUAUUGAUCCUAGACAUAGAUAUGGACAUAGUUUGCAUUUGUACUAUGAAGAAUGGUGUAAAGCAGAUGCUGGUCAGCCAUUUUUCUACUGGCUUGAUGUUGGCGAUGGCAAAGAUGUCAACCUUAAAGAAUGCCCAAGAUCGAAGCUUCGGCAGCAAACCAUCAAGUAUCUCGGACCUCAAGAGCGAGACAGCUACGAAUAUGUCGUUGUAGACGGGAAAAUCGUCCAUAAACAAAGCGGAGCUUUCCUUGAUACCAAGAGAGGACCAAAUGGGACGAAAUGGAUAUUUGUAAUGAGCACUUCGAAGAGGCUUUAUGCUGGUGAGAAGAAGAAAGGAGCUUUCCACCACUCAAGUUUCUUGGCAGGAGGAACCACAUUGGCUGCAGGACGGCUAGAGGUAGACGAUGGAGUUCUUAAGGCAAUCUCAGCAUAUAGUGGACAUUAUAAGCCUACCGACGACCAUCUCGACAUCUUCUUGAAAUACCUCGAGGAGAACGGAGUGGUUCUUAAGGAUGUCGAGGUACAUCGAGCAAGUGAAGAUUCCGAAGGCUACGACGAUUUGAAGUCGGUUGGACGUCGAACCAAAGCGGAUUUUCUGAGCAAACUAGAGGAACUAGACAUCAAAACAGAGGAAGAAUCAGCUCGGGUCUCCCAAGUUAAAGGCAAAAUAGAAUACAAAAGGACAUUAUCCGGUGGCCUGAAGAGCCCAAGAGCCGAUGUACCAAAGAAGGUGAUUUUGCAGAGAAUUAACUCAAAGAAGGUAGCAAACUCUUAUCAGUUAGGCCAUCAACUUUCGCUCAAAUGGACGACGGGAGCAGGUCCGAGGAUCGGCUGUGUCGCUGACUACCCGGUCGAGCUACGAGUUCAAGCACUGGAGCUUGUCAACCUAUCUCCAAGGACUGCUUCAACUCCGUCGUACUCGAAGAGAAUGGCAGGCUUCCCGAUCCCAACCACUCCGACAUCGGAUACCUUAAAUUAAAUGGUCAUGAUAGUUGUAACCUUAAAUCCCUCGAACUUACAAUGUUCUGAAAAAAAUAUGUAAACGAUGUGGAAUGUAAUGUAACGUUUAAAUCUUCAUAAGGUUAAUAUCUAAAAUUAGAGCUUCAUUUUA